AAAAAAGAAAAGAUAAAUAAAAGAUAAGAUCGUUGUUCAAUUCAACAACGGAAUUUAAUGUUAACAAAGUCUACUCAUUCACGAAGAUAUAAAUUUAUAUAUGAUUUAAAUUCAACGUUUCAAACGUAUACGAUAUGUGCGUAGAUAACUCUUGCUUCAGCCUUUGGAUCGCGAGAAUGAUAUCAAAGUUUAUCUCAGAUAAACAUACAAAGAUAGCUAAGUGUGACUAACGAUGAAAUCUCAACAAAUCUUUAAUAUUGUUUGAUGAAGUUGAAAAAGAUCGAAUUGCACUGUUCGGGUUCGAUAUUAUUACGUUAUUCGUGAUAUAUGAUAUUCGAUGAUCAAUAUAGUAAAAAAUCAAUAUAAUAAAAAAAAAAAAAAGAAGAUAAAACGUACCAACAUUUUCUAAAUUUCUAAUUAGAAAUAAAUUCUCGUAGAGAAAGGUACGUGCAGAAAACCAGUCGCACUUAUAACACAGAUACGAACACAUACACAUACAUACGUAGAAAACGUAAGAAUUGGUGCCCCCGAAAACGACGUUGCUUUCACAAGAUGAAUGAAGAACGUAGAAGAAGAGAAAAGUACUUUUGUUAAAGUUAACAUCUAGAAUAGGUUUGGUGACGAUCGACGAACAUGAGGAUUUAAGAUACCAUGACUAACCGGAGUCGCGAUGUCCACAAGGACGUCACGCUUCGUGACAUGCGACGGCACGACGACAAAAAAGAUCUUUUUCGAGGAAACGAACAUACGAAAGUUCAAGAUGAUUUCGAGAUAUCAAGUAUUCGCUGCGAUCGUGCUGCUUACGACUAUCUUGUUUUACCGGACGAUGGCGCAAGUCGAUGGUUACACACCUGGUGUCGAUUAUCCUAUUUAUAAUUCCGUACCGUUUGGGCUCACCUUUACCUGCGGAGGAAAGUUGCCUGGAUAUUAUGCGGAUCCCGAAGCAAGAUGUCAGGUUUGGCACUGGUGUUUACCGAACGGUCGGCAAUUCAGUUUUCUUUGUCCUAACGGCACAGUUUUCAGUCAAACGGCACGAGUCUGUGAUUGGUGGUUCAAGGUCGACUGUAACGAUUCUCCGAGACUUUAUGGCAUCAACGAUGACCUCUACAGAGACAUCAAUGGAAACAGAAUUUAAUAUUGUCAAAGAAUUCCCGUAGGAAUAAGUAUAUAUUAAUAAAGGAUUUUUUUCUAUAAAUUUACUUACGAACAAUAAUACGAUCAAUGCUUGUUCUAUACACGAAUUAUAGUUAUCUAAUUUACCGACGUA